UUCCUCCUGAGUCAGGCAGAGGAGAGGAAGCAGGCAGAGCAGCAGGGAAAGGAUCUGUUUGCAGAAAUGGGCCGGUAUUCCUCUGAGGCAGAGAGAACUCCGUUGGACAUCAAAGAGAGGCCACAGGGUGACGGAAGGAUGUUGGCAAGACCUCCUCAUUCAUCUUUUCAUGGGGGUGGAGGAGAACCGGCCGCUGUGGAACCAGAUCAGGGUUCAGUGCGCUUUGAAGAUAUCAUUGUUCCUUUCACAGAUGAGGAGUGGGUGUUGCUGGAUCCUGAACAGAAAGCUCUGCAUAAGGAAGUCAUGGAGCAGAAUCGUGAGAUGAUGGACUUGUUGGGAUUUCAGUCCCUACGAGCUGCACGAGCUGCCAGGAAGCAGCAAAAGCUAAAAGGUAAAAGAAAAAUCCUUCCUAAGGUGCCACUGGAAGGAGUUUUUUAUUUUGUUUCGCCUACGGCAGACCAACACGGCUACCUACCUGUAACUAUUCUUCCUCCAGGUGGUGAUCAAUUAGAAACGAAAAACAAGGGAGAAACCGGGGAGAAACUAUAUCGGUGUUUGGAAUGUGGAAGGAGAUUCCGUCAGGACUCCCAACUCAUGUACCAUCAAAGAAUCCACACUGGGCGCAAACCCUAUCAGUGCUUGGAAUGCGGAAAUACCUAUAGUCACAGAAGCACUCUCAUUGCCCAUCAAAGAAUUCAUACAGGGCAGAAACCUUAUCGGUGCUGGGACUGUGGAAAGGGUUUCAGUCAGAGGAACAGUCUCGUGGCACAUCGAAGACUUCAUACUGGGGAGAAACCCUAUCACUGCCAGGACUGUGGGAAGUGUUUCAGUCAGAGGAACAGUCUCGUGGUACAUCGAAGAACUCAUACUGGGGAGAAAUCCUAUCAGUGCUUGGAAUGUGGAAAGUGCUUCAGUCACAGCUUCACUCUCACUUGCCAUCAAAAAACUCAUACUGGGGAGAAAUCCUAUCAGUGCUUGGAAUGUGGAAGGAGCUUCAGUCAGAAGUCCGGUCUCACUUCCCAUCAAAGAACCCAUACUGGGGAGAAACCCUAUCAGUGCUUGGAAUGUGGGAUGAGGUUCAAUCGGAAGGGCAGUCUCACUGCCCAUCAAAGAAUUCAUACUGGGGAGAAACCCUAUCAGUGCUUGGAAUGUGGAAAGAGCUUCAGUCAGAACUCCACUCUCAUUACCCAUCAAAGAAGUCAUUGUGGGAAAAACUAACAAUGAUUGGAAUAUGUACUGAGCUUCAGUCAGAGCUCCUCUCUCACUUCCCAUGAAAUAAUUUACACGGGGGGAAACCUUAUCAGUGCUUCAAAUACAGAAAGAAUUCCGCAAUCUCACUGCCCACCAGUGAACUCACAAUCAGGAGAAGCCGUAACCAUGGCUGUGUACAGAACUAAAUUUUAGGGGACUUUACUUAAUAGGUAGAUGAGGAUUGCAACUGUGUUUUUGACCUUUGGGGACCCAGCACAGAAGUCGACCGUGUCUUUAAGGACCAUGGAGUAUGGGUAUGCCAAUAAUAAGGGCAAUAAAAGCAAUUUAUAACAAUCAGACGGCAAAUUAGAUUAUAAAUAAUGAGUUGACUGAAUAUUUUCCAAUCCAAAAGGGGACUAGGCAGGGAUGCCCUCUCUCCUCUUCAUUCUUUAUACUUACCUUGGAGGUUCUGAAUGAGGUAAUGAGGGAGCGAUAGAAUAAAAUUGGGAAGAAACUCAUAUAAACUUAGAGCCUUCGCUGAUGACAUGCUGAUAAUGAUAGAGGAACCAGUAGAUAGUAUACAAGAAUUAAUGGCAAGGAUGGAAGAUUUUGGGAGAGUGGAGGGGCUCAAAGUAAACAAAGAAAAAACUACGGUCAUGGUUAAAAAUUUGGGUGAACAGAGGAAAAAAUAAAUACAAGAGAGGAAUGGUCUUCAAAUUGUAAAAAAAGCAAAAUAUCUUGGAAUUCAAAUAACAUUGAAAAAUAUUGAAUUAUUUGAAUAGUAUUACAAUAAAAUUUGGAAAGGAAUCAAAAAGCAAUUGGACAUUUGGCAAAGAUUAAAAUUGUCACUUUGGGGCAGGAUUUCUACGAUAAAAAUGAUUGUAUUCCUGAAAUUGUUAUUUUUAUUUCAAAUGCUCCCAAUAACCAGUAAUUGCCAGAUAUUUGAAGGAUGGAGGAAGGAUAUUACAGUUUGUUUGGCAAGGAAAGAAGCCAAGGAUAAAGUAUAAAAUAUUAACAGAUUCCAAAGGGGGGGGGAGUUUGGAUUACCUAAUUUGAAACUUUAUUUAAUUUUGCGGCCAGUUUCGGGUGGGUUAAAGAUUGGAUUUUGCUAAGGAAUGUGGAGAUCUUAGAUAUUGAGGGUGGAACAACCGAUUUGGUUGGCACUUAUAUUUGGCAUAUGGUAAAGUGUUAAAUAAUAAAGAUUUCUUAAAUUGUGUAAUAAGAAGGCCCAUAUAUAAAGUUUGGGAAAGUCAUCGUUGGUUACUUGAACCGAAAACACCCUGGUGGGUUUCACCAUCAGAGGUGAUAGGAA